AUGGAUUAAAAUCAGGAGAAAAAAAAUGAUAAAAAAGUACCAUUUAUCAUUACUGCACCAAAAGAGUAUAGUCCUUAACAUAAAUAGAGUAAUUUCUUCUGCUUAUGAACAUAUUAAUGAUUAUGAACAAAAACCUAGAUAUAUUAUAGAUUAGAAUGGUAACAAAGUAUUUUUAAAAUUAAAUCCGUAACAUGAUAAACCUAAUGUGAAAGCAGGAUAUACUGAACUAUUAAUUAGAAAGGUUUCAUAUUAAGAGGAUCCUUUUGAAAGAAAAGAAUGUAUAGAAAGAUUUGAACUAUUAUAAAAAAAAGUUAAAAUACCACAUCCUUUUAAAUGUCCUAAAAAUCAUAAACUAUAAGAAAAAGAAGAUAUUAAAGAAAAAACUCAAGAAUAUGGCAAAAUAGUUAUUAAAAAAAAUUUAUCAAGAUUGCUAAGUGCAACAAAAAAUAAAGAUUAAACUGAAAAACUUAAUAAAAUGUUUAUAAAAGCAGAUACAUUAUUUAGAUCUAGAAAGAUUGUAAAUAAUGCUAAAAAAUAAAAUAUUUAUGGUUUUGAUAAAGAUUUAUUUAACAAUGUUGAUAAAUGGAAAAAUAUGUUAAAUAUUUUAGAAAAAAAAGAAGAAGAAGAAUUAUAAAAAUCUAAACUUUCUUUUUAAAAACAUAGAGAUGAUUAAAAAAAAUAAUAAAUAUUAGAAUCAAAUUUAAAGAAAAAAGAAAAAGAAGCUAAAGAUUAAAAAAAUAAAGAUAUUUAAGAAUAAAAAAAUAAACAAAUAUAAAAAUAAAUUAUGGAUAAAGAAUUAAAACAAAAAGAAAUUCAAGAAUUAAAAGCAUAAAAACACAUAAAUAAAGAAUAAUAAUAAUAAUAAUAAUAAUAAUAAUAAUAAUAAUAAUAAUAAUAAUAAUAAUAAUAAUAAUAAUAAUAAUAAUAAUAAUAAUAAUAAUAAAAUUUUAAUAAAUUAACAGAUAAACCUAAUAUUGAUUUAACUCCAAAAAAUAAAUCAAAUUUAUAAACUCUAUAAGAUAGUACAAAAAAGUUUAAACCAGCAACUCCAUCUUCAUUUUAGAGAUAAAAUUAAUAAUAAGAAAUUAAGAAUUAAUCUUUUCAUUCAAUAAAUUUGGCUUAAGACAGUAAAAAUUAAUAUAUAUAUUUAUAGAAAAUUCAAGUUAAAUUUAAAUGUAAAGUUUAUAAAAGUAAAAAUCAAUAGUAUAGACACCAAAAAGCGAUACAUUUAAAUUAAAUAAAAUGUAAUAAUAAGAAUAGCAAUUCGAUAAAAAAAGUGUAAAAUCUAAUUAGUAAAGUAUAAAAUAAGAGAAAACUAAGAGCGUAAAAAAGGAAAAUAACAUAAAUGAAAAAGCCAAAUCAGUAAAUACUAAUAAAUCUAAUAAUUAAAGAAUACGAUUAGAUGAAGAAAGGAAGUCAAAUUAAUAUUCAGAAGAACGAAAAAUAUAGGAUAAAGAUGAUAGAAGUCGUUAUUAUUCAGAGGAAAAAAAAUCAAAUAGAUAAACACCUAAAAAUAAGAAUUAAGAGAGUAAUUAAAAAAUAAUAAUGAAACCAAAAAAUUUAACUAGAGCAAGCAGUUUUAAAAAUCCAAAUAUUCCUAAAUAAGAAAAUUCUGGAAACACAAAAAUUAGGGCUUCAUCAUCAGGAAAAAGAGUUUAAGAAGAAAAACCAUUAAAUUUGAAUAAUAUUACUAUUCCUACAAAAUAUAAUAAAUCUAAAAAAAUAGAAAAUUAAAUUGAAGUGGUUAUAGAUAAUUAAAGUGUUAAAAUUGAGGAAAAUAAAUAAUAAUUAGAUUAAAUCAAUAAUAAUAUUAUUGAUGAAAAUAAUACAAAUCAAAAUAAUCUUAUCAAUUUAAAUAUUAAUAAAAAGGAAGAAUAAUAAAAUGAUAUUAUUGAAAAAUAAAAAGAAGAGGAAGUGAAAGUGAAUUAAGAAAAUGAUUAAACAAUUGAAUUCAUUUAAUUACCAAUUAAUGAAGGACUUUUAAAUAUUGAUGUAAAAAUAAUAUUAAAUAAAGGAUCCUAAUAAAAAUGAGAAAGUAUAAUAAGAGAAUUAAAUAAAAAGAAUUGAAAGUUAAAAAGAUCCAAAAUAAUAAAAUUAGAAAUUGGAGCCAUAAUUUUAAGAAACAAAUUCUUUAUUAAACAAAUAAGAAGGUAAUCUUUUAAAAGAUUCUUUGUUGACUGAAAGUUUAGUUGUAUCACAAUUUAAAGAGACUAAAGGAUUAGAGAAAUAAUUAUUAAAUUCUUAAUUAAAUGAUUAAGAUUCUAUAAAUUUGUCAGAAUCAUAAAUAACUUUAAAAUCAAAUCUACAAUAAAGUCAAUUAGACCCAACAAAAUAGUGA